CGAUAAAUUCAUCCCUCAGAGAUUACCCGGUGUAGUUUCUGGGGUUGGAAAGUGUCGGCAGGAGAGGAUCUGCGAGGGUUUGGCGUGUAGCGACCCGUGUCAGUAGAGGACAACUGGAGAUGCUGAAGAAUCCAUCCAAGGCACUACUUGACAAAGGGAAUGAUCCCCUUCACAAGGCGACAAGGCAGCUUGAGGAUGAAACCAGUCGCCUCGCACCACAUCGGCAGCAUGCCCCCACCCCCGGUGCUGCCUCUGGGCCUGAGCUCUGUCCCGACGGCCAGCGUGAUCAGUCCCUUCGUGACCCCGUCCCUUCCGCUGGACCGAGGGUAACGUUCCCACCAAGCAUGACUCAGUUCAUGAAUGACCCAGCCAACCUACAAGCCAUCCAGGGCUUUGGCCAGGUCAUGGCCAUGUGCCAGCAGAACGGGGGGAUGCCUUUCCUCCCUGGUAUGUUCCCAUUCGCCCUUCCAGGCGCGGGGACCAUGCCCCUACAAACUCUGAUGGCGGUGACGUCGUUCCAGACGCCGAUGCCGCAACCAUCACCUUUCCAGCCCCAGCUGGUCAGCACCAUGGCCCCUGUCAACUUGGCCGGUGCACUUAACGCUGCAGGGCCGUCGCGUCCCCCGCAAGCUACGGAUCCGCAGAUCACUCCUGAUGGUCAUUGCAUCUGGAUUGAGAGUGAUGACGGCGAGUGGGACAUCCCAAGGGCCCACAAGAAGAAGAAAGGAAAGAACAUCUGGCCAGCAACCUCCCGAAACUCCGCCUUCGAAAGGCUGGGGAAUAGGGAGGAAGGCCAGAGGAAGUCAGCCAAUCAGAGGCUGGGGCAGAGUGUUGCCCAUGUCAGCGCAUUCGCCCGGCUAGGCGAGGUGCGGGAGGCCGAGCUUGCCCGCACCCGGCGCUCCCGGUCUAACCGGCAGGAGCCGGCAAGGACGAGGGCCUCUCACCAGGAAGGGGAGGCAGAGAGCCAGCCCAGGUUACCGGUGGCGAACCGGUUAACCAUCCCAAACGACCGCGUCCAGCAGAUGGAGGCAAAGCUGGAAAAGCUGGAAAAGAAGGUCAGAGAGAAGAAUGACCGGGACAAACCCCUGGCAGGGUCCCCGUUCACCGCAAGGGUCCAUCUGACACCUUUCCCGCGAAAGGUCAAGAUCGACACCCCCAGAUUCACCGGGAAGGAAGAUCCGGAAAUCCAUCUGGACUCCUUCAACCAGAGUGCGACCAUGAACGGUUGCACCGAUGAAGAAAAGUGCCUUCUUUUCUUCCAGACCUUGCGGAACCGAGACACUGAAUGGUUCAAUAAGCUUCACCCGGGAAGCAUUGACUCGUUCAGUGAUUUGGCCUCAAAAUUCAAGGUCAAGUUCCAGGAGAAUUGUACUAAGAGGAAGAAAUUCACCUAUCUUAGUACAGCCGGGCAGAGGGAGUCUGAGAACCUGACUCAGUUCCUUACCCGGUGGAAGGAAGAGGUGGACAAGGUGGAAGAGAUGGAUGACAAGACCGUCCUCUCCCUCCUCUUGAAUGGCUUGCGUGCCGGGGAACUAUACAAGGACUGAAACCCA